UACCCUGCCAGGUACCUGGGCUUCCCUCAGCAGCGGGAGCUGAGCAGCAAAGCCUGGUGAGUCAGCGUGCCUGGGAAUUAGAGUUGCCAGUCUGUGAGCAUGUGGGAUCUGUGUAAGUUUGGGCCUUUUGUUUCUUUCAGCAUUUUAGUCUUUAGAAACACAAAUCUGGAAACCAGACCCUCCACAUGGUAUAGUCCUGCUUGUUUUGAGAUAAUUCAGCUUCAACAGUUGCUUCCCUUGUAUGCUGGUCUUCUAAGAAUUAACCCCUUACCUUUUAAAAUUGUAACAAGUUGUGCUCAUGGCUUACUAGCUAUAUUCUAAAAGCAUAAAAAGGCUUUAAAAAACUUACUUGGGUCUGUCAUUUUCCACACCAAAACCCUCCUAAGGGUUUCAGCGUGUUUUUGAAACCUAAGUGAAACUGCGAGUCUUUUUUUCAGGGCAUGUAUAAUCAUGUCUGUCAUGUAUUCUCUUUGAAGGUGGACAAUGGGACACACCCCGAUACAAUGUGAUUCCGGUAACUACAGGAAUGAUUCUGGUCAUCAUUUUAAACUUAUACACUCAGAACAUACCCUUAGAAUUCCUUUUGAAGAUAACUCUGAAUUUAUCCAAGCACUAUUUGGAGGAAGCUAAAAUUCUUUAGGUUGGCUGGCUCCUCUGGCUGAUGGCAUGUUGAGGCACGUGGGCCAGUGGCAACAAGGGCAUCCAAUCCAGAGGGGGCCACUCUAGAGGCCAGGCCACCAGCAUCAUGGGCCAGUGUGUCACCAAGUGCAAGAAUCCCUCAUCAACUCUGGGUAGCAAGAAUGGAGACCGUGACCCCAGCAGCAAGUCACAUGGGAGGCGGGGUGCAGGCCACCGUGAGGAACAGCUGCCAGCCUGUGGCAAGCCAGGUGGGGAUAUCCUUGUCAAUGGGACCAAGAAGGCAGAGGCUGCUACUGAGACCUGCCAGCUGCCAACAUCCUCAGGAGAUGCUGGGAGGGAGCCCAAGUCAAAUGCCGAGGAGUCUUCCUUGCAGAGGUUGGAAGAACUGUUCAGGCGCUAUAAGGACGAGCGGGAGGAUGCAAUUUUGGAGGAAGGCAUGGAGCGCUUUUGCAAUGACCUAUGUGUGGACCCCACGGAAUUUCGAGUGCUGCUCUUGGCUUGGAAGUUCCAGGCUGCUACCAUGUGCAAAUUCACCAGGAAGGAGUUUUUUGAUGGCUGCAAAGCAAUAAGUGCAGACAGCAUUGAUGGGAUCUGUGCACGGUUCCCUAGCCUCUUAACAGAAGCCAAACAAGAGGAUAAAUUCAAGGAUCUCUACCGGUUUACAUUUCAGUUCGGCCUGGACUCUGAAGAAGGGCAGCGGUCACUGCAUCGGGAAAUAGCCAUUGCCCUGUGGAAACUAGUCUUUACCCAGAACAAUCCUCCAGUAUUGGACCAGUGGCUAAACUUCCUAACAGAGAACCCCUCGGGGAUCAAGGGCAUCUCCAGGGACACUUGGAACAUGUUCCUUAACUUCACUCAGGUGAUUGGCCCUGACCUCAGCAACUACAGUGAAGAUGAGGCCUGGCCAAGUCUCUUUGAUACCUUUGUGGAGUGGGAAAUGGAGCGAAGGAAAAGAGAAGGGGAAGGGAGAGGUGCACUCAGCUCAGGGCCCGAGGGCUUAUGUCCCGAGGAGCAGACUUAGUGGCUCUGUCUCAGGAGCAGCAGCAAGGAUCUGCCCGCUGCCCUGCAGCCAACCAAGGAAUUGGACCUUUCUGGAAAUUACUGAAGAUCCGGAUAUUUUCUACUUUACACCUUUCUCUGCCUUGUAUCUGAAAGGGCUCUAAAAUGCUGUAUCAUGUUUUAGGCACUUUCUUCACUUUUUGGAUAUUUUGGUUAUUUCUUUUUUGGGGGGAGGGUCCCCCAAAAUAUCUGAACCUGGCUACAUGUUGUGUAUCUUUUUUUUUUUUUUUUGAAGCCUUCAGAUAGAAUAAGCCUGCCACUU